CAGAGGGAAAGCUGCAGGAUGGGAUCUUUGAAGAGUCCUGUCUUCCUCUUGAUCCUCCACCUUCUGGAAGUGGUUCUGAGCAACUCCCUCAUCCAGCUGAACAACAAUGGCUAUGAAGGCAUCGUCAUUGCCAUAGACCACGAUGUGCCGGAAGAUGAAGCCCUCAUUCAGCACAUAAAGGACAUGGUGACUCAGGCCUCUCCAUACCUGUUUGAAGCGACAGGGAAACGAUUUUACUUCAAAAAUGUGGCCAUUUUGAUUCCUGAGAGUUGGAAGGCAAAACCUGAAUAUACGAGGCCGAAACUUGAAACCUUCAAAAAUGCAGAUGUCCUUGUGUCAACAACCAGCCCUCUAGGUAAUGAUGAGCCCUACACUGAGCAUGUAGGAGCAUGUGGAGCAAAGGGAAUCAGGAUUCACUUGACUCCUGACUUCUUAGCAGGAAAGAAGCUGGAUGUGCAUGGACCACAAGACAGGACAUUUGUCCAUGAGUGGGCUCACUUCCGAUGGGGAGUGUUUAAUGAAUACAACAAUGAGGAGAAGUUCUACUUAUCCAAAGGAAAACCCCAAGCAGUGAGAUGUUCGGCAGCCAUUACUGGUAAAAAUGAAGUUCGUCGGUGCCAGGGAGGCAGUUGUGUCUCUGGCGGAAAGUGUGUAAUUGACAGAGUAACAGGACUGUAUAAAGAAAAUUGUGUAUUUGUCCCACAUGCACACCAGACCGAGAAGGCAUCCAUCAUGUUUAAUCAAAAUAUCAAUUCUGUGGUUGAAUUCUGUACAGAGAAAAAUCACAAUCAAGAAGCCCCAAAUGCCCAAAACCAACGGUGCAACCUCCGAAGCACAUGGGAAGUCAUCCAGGAAUCUGAGGACUUCAAGCAAACCACUCCCAUGACAGCCCAGCCACCCGCACCCACCUUCUCAUUGCUGCAAAUUGGACAAAGAAUUGUGUGCUUAGUUCUCGAUAAGUCCGGGAGCAUGCAGAACGAUGGUCGUCUUAACCGAAUGAAUCAGGCCAGCCGGCUUUUCCUGCUGCAGACUGUGGAGCAGGGAUCCUGGGUCGGGAUGGUGACCUUUGACAGUGCCGCCCAUGUACAAAGCGAACUCCAUCAGUUAAACAGUGGUGCUGACAGAGAUCUGCUGAUCAAUCAUUUACCCACAGCAGCUUCAGGAGGGACAUCAAUAUGCUCUGGGCUUCAGGCAGCAUUUACAAUGAUAAAGAAGAAGUAUCCAACUGAUGGAUCUGAAAUUGUGCUGCUGACCGACGGGGAGGACAACACCAUUGGCAGCUGCUUUGACCUGGUGAAGAAGAGCGGGGCCAUCAUCCAUACAGUGGCCCUGGGACCGGCUGCUGCUAAAGAGCUCGAGCAGCUGUCCACAAUGACAGGAGGCUUGCAGACAUAUUCUUCGGAUCAGGUUCAGAACAAUGGUCUUGUUGAUGCUUUCGCAGCGCUCUCCUCAGGAAAUGCGGCUAUCUCUCAGCACUCCGUCCAGCUGGAGAGCAGGGGAGUUAACCUCCAGAAUAACCAAUGGAUGAAUGGCUCAGUGAUCGUGGACAGCACAGUGGGGAAGGACACCUUGUUUCUUGUUACCUGGACAACGAACCCUCCCACCAUAUUUAUCUGGGAUCCCAGUGGAGUGCAACAAAAUGGUUUUAUACUAGACAAAACCACUAAGGUGGCCUACCUCCAAGUCCCAGGCACGGCUAAGGUUGGCUUUUGGAAAUACAGCAUUCAAGCGAGCUCACAGACUCUCACUUUGACUGUCACCUCCCGUGCAGCGAGUGCCACACUGCCUCCCAUUACAGUGACCCCAGUAGUGAAUAAGAACACAGGGAAAUUCCCCAGCCCUGUAACAGUGUAUGCAAGCAUUCGCCAAGGAGUUUCGCCUAUUCUCAGGGCCAGCGUCACAGCCUUGAUAGAAUCUGUGAAUGGGAAAACAGUAACCCUGGAAUUACUGGAUAACGGAGCAGGUGCCGAUGCCACCAAGAAUGAUGGUGUCUACUCAAGGUUUUUUACAGCUUUUGAUGCAAAUGGUAGAUACAGCAUAAAAAUAUGGGCUCUGGGAGGAGUUACUGCAGACAGACAGAGAGCAGCGCUUCAGAAGAACGCAGCCAUGUACAUAGAUGGCUGGAUGGAAGAUGGUGAAAUAAAAAUGAAUCCACCACGUCCUGAAACGAGUACUGUUCAAGACAAGCAGCUGUGCUUCAGCAGGACAUCUUCAGGGGGGUCGUUUGUGGCCACCAAUGUCCCCGCAGCUCCCAUUCCUGACCUCUUUCCACCUUGUCAAAUCACUGACCUGAAGGCCAGCAUCCAAGGGCAAAACCUCGUGAAUCUGACAUGGACGGCUCCUGGGGAUGAUUAUGACCACGGGCGAGCUUCCAGCUACAUCAUCCGAAUGAGCACAAAUAUCAUUGAUCUCAGAGACAACUUCACCACCUCACUCCAAGUGAACAGUACUGAUCUCAUCCCCAAAGAGGCCAGCUCUGAGGAAACCUUUGAGUUUGAACUAGACAGCGACAUUUUUGGAAAUGGCACAGAUAUCUUCAUUGCUAUCCAGGCUGUAGAUAAGUCCAACCUGAAAUCGGAAAUCUCCAACAUUGCACGGGUGUCUGUGUUCAUCCCUGCUCAGGAGCCGCCAGUUCCUGAAGACUCAACUCCCGCUUAUCCUGACAUCAGCGUCAACAGCACAAUUCCUGGCAUCCACGUGCUAAAGAUAAUGUGGAAGUGGCUAGGGGAAAUGCAGGUGACACUAGGUUUGCACUGAAUUUUCAGCCAAGAAAUCAUCCAGUCAUUCCUUUCAUUGUAGAAUUUCCUAAAAAUAUAUUUUAGACUGCCUGUAGGGGGCGGUAUAGUCACACACGAAGCUGUAAAACUGGGUCCAGGUGCAUUAAAAAUUAUCUGUUCAA